UAUCGUGCGGGACGGGACUGAAGUGAAAGAACAUAAAGAAAUUAACUCGAUACCGCCUGCUACGGCGAGAAUUCUGUUGCGUUUCCAUUUCCGGUGUCGAUAAAUGUGUGUAAAAUUUCAUCAAAUUAGGCGAUGUAGUUGCUUCCCGUGUGGCAUGCGAUUAAGUGCAACUGUGGAGUUUCUCUGCAUGUGAUUCAUACGGCAAACUACGGGCAGAGAACGCACAUUCCUGUUCACGAGAUUAAGCCCUCGGGAAAAAAACUUAGUUUGCAGGUACGCCUCGGCAAAAGUGAACAGCAUACGACGAAGCAAAAAGCCCAAAUAUUGCGAUAGGUGUGCAAGUUGCAGGAACGCGAGUGCACCAUUCAUCUCAGCCGUAGGUGGGAUGCAGCAGCCGUGUAGAGCUCUAUGAAGGAAAGUGGAAUGGUUAUUUUCUUGUUUCCAUCCGACGUAAUAGAACGCAUUUCCCCGUACUCCUGUGUUUCGAUGACUAAUCUUCCCGAUCGUAUCAUUCGGUGCAACGGUUCGAUUGUGUUUCUAGUGCAACUGCCUAACGCUGUUGCGUCCGUGGUGCAGUUUGCAUAAAGCUCAGCGCGAUCGGGUAUGCGAUCACAAGUCAGCAGCAUCCAGUCAACGUUUCAAUCGCCGCACGGUUCUUCACUGUCUGGCUCACCGGCGCUGACCAUCGGUUCCUUCAUGACACCACAGAGGCCACCCCGUAGGAGAGCCCAGUCCAUGGGCAACUCGACCUACGGUUCGAGUCCUGCUCUGUCAUCACACACUCCCCGUGGAUCCCUUUUCACCGCUAAUGAGGAAGAUGCAUGCUACGUGCGCAUCAAGGUACUGGGAGCAAGCGGGUUGGCGAAAAAGGACAUCUUCGGUUAUAGUGAUCCGUACGUGAAAAUCGAACAAAACACCAUCACCGGAGACGUCAACGUGGACCACAUGGUGACGAAAACAAAACGCAGGACGCUGAACCCGGUCUGGAAUGAGGAAUUUGUGUUUCGCGUUAAACCAAACGAACACAAGCUGGUAUUUCAGGUGUACGAUGAAAAUCGGCUUACGCGUGACGGAUUUAUGGGACUAGUUGAGCUAACGCUGAUCAAUUUACCUCACGAAACCGAUGGCCGUACGAUCACGCCGCAGCGAUAUACGCUGCGGGCCAAGCGCCAGUUCAGCUUACGCCUGGCCACAAAGGUACGCGGUACUCUGGAGCUGUACCAUGCAAUCAUGCGAAAUGAUGAUCCGGCUAUCGGUAGAACGCGAUCGGCAAUGAGUGUUAGCAAUCGUACAUCCGCCACGAACACACCGGUUGCAGUGCAUCGAAAUGCAGGAUUAUAUCCGCAGCAGCAACUACCGCCAAAUCAUCCCAGCCUCCGGCCGUAUCCUGAUUUGAAUCCGCAGCCACAAUCAGAUCCAUUGCCAGCGGGUUGGGAAGUACGACUGGAUCCCGUAGGUAGAAUGUAUUACGUCAAUCAUUACGCAAGAACUACUCAAUGGGAGAGGCCGAGUAUCGUGACGGCGCAACCGGGACUGAACGAAAUGGUGGCCGCAUUUCAGCGGCGUUUUCACAUCAGCAACGACCCGGACAAUGGAAGCAGCGGUAGUAAUAAUACGAGCAUGGCCGACACUGUCAGUAUUACUUCGGAAAAUGGUGAAAGCGGCGGAACGGCCAACGCGUCAUCUAUCGGCAUCUCUUCACCAAUGUCCCUGCAGGCAGGUGAUGGUGCUUCCGUAACCACAACCGAGCGAUCGGGCAAUGCAUCACGUAUUAGUGAUGCAGAAAUUAUAGGCAUUUCGCCUUCCCCGUCAAACACUUCCAUUGCUAGCAGUGCAAACAGUGUAACGAUACGCCCCAUACGUCCAGCACCUCCACCGCCGCCGUCUUCGUCAACAUCCUCAGCCUGUGCUAGUCCAGUCGGUACGCCGGUGCCCAGUCAACGACGUCGAUCGUCACCAGGCAGCAACGAAAAUGCACUCCCAGCGAGCGAAGAGAAUGGAGAGUCAUCCUCCACUACGGCGAUACCGCCUGAUGUUGAGAAUAAUACCGUAUCUUCCGGUUUCUCUGCCAGCACGGUAAAUGGGGAUGCUGAAGCUGAACACACGUCCAAUGCUCGGGAGGUCAGUGAGACUGCAUCGUCUUCCAGUGUCGGUGAGCAAUCGCGAUCGGACUCAUCGAAUACUUCCACCGGAGUACAACCAUCAUCUCCGAGCCAUCCUACGUCACCAACACCGGCCACAGCAACAAAUGCACCAAAUGCUACCGGUCUACCGCCAGGCUGGGCGGUACAAGUUGCAUCGAAUGGGCGCUUAUUUUUUAUCGAUCACAUUAACAAAACCACCUCGUGGGUUGAUCCUCGAACUGGGCUUGCAAGUCCUAUACCGAGCGCUGCCAAUGAUAGCUCCGGCAAUGCAAGCAAUGUUGGCUCGACCGGCGGAGCAAGCGGAAGCCGCGGUGAUGCGCGUUCGUCGGACGACAAUUUGGGCUCACUACCCGAAGGUUGGGAGGAGCGUGUACAUAGCGAUGGUCGAACGUUCUUCAUCGAUCACAACACGCGCACUACGCAGUGGGAUGAUCCACGGCUUUCGAAUCCAAAGAUUGCUGGUCAGGCUGUACCGUAUUCGCGCGACUACAAACAAAAAUAUGAAUACUUCAAGAGCCAACUGCAAAAACCGAGCAACGUGCCAAACAAGAUCGACAUCAAGGUGCGCAGGGCUUCAAUUUUGGAAGAUUCCUACCGUGUGAUCAACUCGGUUACACGACUCGAUCUACUGAAGACGAAGUUGUGGGUUGAGUUUGAAGGUGAAACUGGGCUGGACUAUGGCGGGCUCGCUCGAGAAUGGUUCUAUCUGCUAUCGAAAGAGAUGUUCAAUCCAUACUAUGGGCUGUUUGAGUAUUCAGCUAUGGACAACUACACACUGCAGAUAAAUCCAAACAGCGGACUGUGCAAUGAAGAGCAUCUUAAUUACUUCAAGUUCAUUGGACGCAUUGCAGGAAUGGCAAUCUACCAUGGGAAGCUAUUAGACGCGUUCUUCAUUAGACCAUUCUACAAAAUGAUGCUUCAAAAGUCCAUCGAUCUGAAGGACAUGGAGGCAGUGGAUACUGAGUAUUACAAUUCACUGCUUUACAUCAAAGAGAACGAUCCAAGCUCCCUGAUGCUGACCUUCAGCGUCGACGAGGAAAGCUUCGGUACUACGAACCAACGAGAGCUCAAACCAAAUGGUGCGGACCUAGAAGUGUGUAACGAUAACAAGGACGAGUAUAUUCGGCUCGUUAUCGAUUGGCGUUUCGAGGCUCGCGUUAAAGAUCAGAUGCAGGCCUUCUUGGAAGGCGUUGGUUCGUUGGUACCUUUGCAUUUGCUAAAAAUUUUCGACGAGAAUGAGCUUGAGCUGCUGAUGUGCGGCAUCCAGAGCAUCGAUGUGAACGAUUGGAAAAAGAAUACCAUGUACAAAGGAGAUUAUUAUGCAAACCAUGCAGUAGUACAGUGGUUCUGGCGGGCGGUACUAUCAUUCAACAAUGAAAUGCGUGCCCGCUUGCUGCAGUUCGUAACUGGUACCUCGCGCGUGCCUAUGAACGGGUUUAAGGAACUGUACGGUUCGAAUGGUCCGCAGCUGUUUACUAUCGAGAAGUGGGGAACUGUCAACAAUUUUCCACGUGCUCACACCUGUUUCAACCGUUUAGAUUUGCCUCCAUAUGAAAGCUAUGCCCAAUUGAAGGAAAAAUUAAUCAGUGCAAUCGAGGGCAGCCAAGGAUUUGCCGGUGUAGAUUAAACCGAGUUUACCUAAGAAUAACCGAAAACUGUAAGCCAUUGUUUGCUAUUCGCGUACAGUGCACAACGGGCGUGAUCUUGACGCGGUUAUAAUAUUGUAUAAACAAAUUUUUUGCUCACAUUUUCUUUAUUAGUGUAAUGAACGUUUGGUGUGCGUGAAUAAGUGGGAUUCUAAUUGUUUGGCUUUAUUUUGCUAUACACCACAAUAUUAAGGAGUAGAGGCUCUCAUUGUGAAAAAGAAUUUUAUGUAUGAGGAAAGUAUACGCACAUGGGAUACAAUAUGUGUGACGCUACAUUCCAUUGUUAAAGAAUAGUGUGACCUAUAUCUAAAGCCGUUUUUAAUCAGGAAAAAUAGCAACCACUAAGAAAGUGAUAAAUGAAGGACACGCCAACUGAACUUGUUCGAGAAUGUUAAGAAAUUAUGAGAAGUAUUUCAAAGCAAUUGGAAGGCAAUCGAUGAUACAAACAAAAUGUACUAUUUUUAGGAGAAUGUUAUCCUAACGGUAUUGAAAUACAGCCAUCCAAUUUUGACAUUGGCUGCUUUCCAUGUUUUGAUAACAUUAGUGCCUUCCGAUACGUUUUUUGCUGUCUUUCAUUUGAAGAAUUAAAGUAAGCAUUUUUUUUAGUAAGCUGUGUAUUAACAUUCUUGAUUGUAAUUUUACCUGCGUCAUGUUUGCAGUGUAAAGGAGUUUGUUUUUAAUCGAUGUGAAAUAUAAUGGAAAGCUAUAACCUUAAGGCACCAGCGUUUGCGUACAUCACACACCAAAAAAUUUAAACACAUGAAGGUUGUUGGUAGAUGCUAGCGCAUGGAUCAUUGUACGAGAGAGUUUAUUUAAAAAAUGCGGUUUGUGAAACCUUCAUACGAUAGAAAUCCGUUUAUUAUUUAUCUGAAACGAAGCUGCAACUUAAAAGAAAAACGUAGAAAUAACGUUUUAGGGCAAAUCGAUUUUUACUGGUUGAUCUAACCUUCACAAACGCUGCAACAAUAGCUUUAUGUUAAUUUCUGAGUGAGAUGAGCGAAUUGGAUCAAUUUCUGCGCACAAGGUUAAUCGUGGUUCUAAUGCAACAACUUAAUGCUUGCGAAAUCCCGCCCAUUUACAGGUGACCACUAUCACCGCUACGCCUAUAAUCGUAGUAAAGAAUUAUCUACGUUGAUAGAUACGACCGCACUAGCUGUAGAACGUUAGGCGGAAACAGAUAUCGUAUGCAAGUUAUUUGCAACAUUGGUAUAUAUUUUUAUUCUUUAGCAAUGAAAAACAAAUGAAACUAGCGUAUGAAAGCAGUAAACUAAGUUAGGAAUUGGAGGAGAAUGAAAUUGAAAAACACAAAAGUGAUGCUAGUUGUAAAGUUUGGUAAAAAAUAUGAAUAAAUUGGUUGC